UCCCAACUCCCACGCGACCAAAACGGGAAGAAGAAAUGCGCGCAGCAGCAGGAGGCCGCGCCUUCCAGCUCCACCUCCUCUGCCCGCGCCGGCCAUGGCGACCUCCUCCUCCCGCCACCGCGCCUAUCUCCCACUCCGCCCCCGCGGCGGGGCGCCUCCACCACCGUCGCCCUCCCAACGGUUUUUUGUCGACUCUGGAGCCAGGAGUUUCUGCGAUAUACUUGUGCCAUCACAUCCAUUCUGCGACGUCUAGUGUUUCCUUAGAGGACAGGUCACGGACAGAGUUAACAGAUGGAUUAAGUGGGGGCCUUGUGCAAAAAACUGAGAUGGUUGGUGCAUUUCAGAGAAUACCAAUGGUAAUGCCUGCAACUGAUAUACUUAUGUCAGCACAGAGGAAAUCAAGAAAUAUACCACCCACAAAGGGUAUAACAAACAUUGCCAAGCGUGAAAGGAACAAAGGUGCAAAGCAACUUGAUGCCUUAAUGAAAGAACUUUCUGUGCCACUGAGAACGUAUACAGAGAACUUCCCUAGGAGGAGAGAUUUGCAUCCUUAUGAGAGAUCUCUCAUUGAGUUGACUUUUGGGGAGGGAUAUUAUGAAAAGGUACUUGGACGAGUGGAUGCUCUUAGAAAAAAGAUAACUUCUGUAGGGAAGCAACAUGCUUCUGUCUGUGCUAAGUCAUUAACGAAACGUGAAGCAGAGGAACGACUCAGUGAGGGCCGGAAGGAACUUGAGGAAGUUUUCCAGCGUGGUCAGAAUGCGAUUGACGACUUAAUAAACGUUGCAAAGGCUUUGCGUUCCAUGCCAGUUGUUGAUCCACAUAUACCAACACUUUGUCUUGUUGGAUCACCCAAUGUGGGAAAGUCAUCAUUAGUCCGCAUAUUAUCUACAGGGAAACCUGAGGUCUGUAGCUACCCUUUCACAACAAGAGGGAUUCUAAUGGGUCAUAUCGUCUCCAAUCAUGAACGGUUUCAGGUUACUGACACUCCAGGACUUCUCACAAGACAUGAUGAUGACAGGAAUAACAUAGAGAGAUUGACACUCGCUGUCCUUUCUUACAUGCCAAUUGCUGUCCUGUAUGUUCAUGAUCUAUCUGAAGACUGUGGGACUAAGGUGGCUGAUCAGUACAUCACGUACAGGCAUAUAAAGGAACGAUUUGGCGAUCGCCUAUGGAUCAACGUUAUAUCCAAAUGUGAUCUUCUGGACAAGACCGUACCCUCUGGCUUCGACGAUUAUGAUGACGAAGAAGUAGGGAGAUACAGAAGGUUUGGGCCAGAGGAUGCCAUCCGAGUAUCUGUGCAGAGCCAAGUUGGCACAGAAGAGCUAAAGCAAAGAGUGCAUCAUCUACUAACCUCCCAGAUGACUCGGAUCAAAGCCAACAAGGGCGACAAUGAAAUCCAGGGAGCAGAUAGCAAUGCUUCUCGGUAAACUUAGACAACAAGGGAGGGGAUACCUGCACGAUUCCCUCCUUGAUGUUUUAUGUAAAUCACUCAUAGUUGACAUCUAAUCGGCUGCAAUUUUGUAACCUGGGUACAAGAAUUACUUUGGCAUAUCAAGCAAAAUCGAGAGCUAGACUGAGUUCACUGUUUUGCAUUGAUUUUUUGUGCUUAAGGGAGAGUAAACUACUCAGCCAUGAAAAGAGUUUGUUGUGACCAGCAAA